AUGGAUCUCAUCGCCAUUUUGGACCUUGACGUCUUGCAACCAGCCAAGUCAAGCGUACUGCUUGCAUUGGAGCACUUCAACUCGAACAACUUCUCCCAACAGCUGCUCAGCGUCGAUGACGCGCUGGAAGCCUUGAAAAAGUCCAAACAGGCCCUGACUCUCGAGCUUCAGGCCACGAACGAUCAGAGCUGCGCCGCAAAGUCUGAAGCAUACAAGCAGUCCCUCACCGAUCUGAACAAGUUGCUACUGAGAUUCGAAGAGCUCCAGAAAGAUGCACGACACGCGUUCAACUUGCGCGCUCGGCCGCUGCAUCAAAACAAAGGCAUCCUAGAUCUUGCAACCGAGCUGCAGCUCAAAGUUUUCGACCACAUCAAAGGAAAUUUCGAGAAAACCGAAUGUCCCUGCCGCGACAACUGGAGCGAGAUCAACGACGUUAAAAAUUUAAGGCUCACCUGCCGCCUCUUCUGCGACAACGUCUCCCACCUGCUGAUUCCUUGCCUCCACAUUUCUCUCCACACGUCGUCUCUGCAGCACAUGGAGGAAGUAAUACGCCAUCCAACAAUCUCCCCGGGUGUACAGCUCUUCCGAAUUCACAUGGAAGUCCGUGCAGUCUGCUUGGCAGAAGAUUUCCAAGUCUUCUCAUCUGGUUUUCGCAGUUACAUACAACUUAGAAUUAAUAACCUCGAAGAAGAGCUCAGGACUGAAGACAUUGAAGUCUACAAAGAAAGGCGGAUGAAAGAUUCUUUGAUGAAACAUCGGCGCGUCUUGUCUUCCUGUGCGCCAUUUGCGGAUGGAACUCCUUUCGAAGAGGGCUCAUACCUGGAUGAGGCCACACUUUCUUUGCGAAGAGGAUAUGAACACUAUCAAGAACUUAUUCAGCAGGAAGAAGAAAUGCUACACAGCGGUUACUUUGCGCGCGCUGUUGCUGCAGCCGCGGAAAGAAGCAUGAAAAAGGUCUGGCUUCUCAUGACAGAUGAUCGGUUUCUAACACUUCGAGGAUUCAGACUCGCUGGAUUGUCCUUGAGUGAAGAAAUUGGGGACCCGGAUGCCCUCGUCACGGAUUACCAUCUGCCUAAAUAUUGGAGCUCAUGGCACCGCGGCGAUCUAAGAAAACCCGCACAUUCACUCCUCUGUGAAUUGCCUUUAGCGAUGCGUGCCGCAGGGGCCUCGUUGGUUGGAAUCAAGGUCAAUAUGUGGAUUCCUUGGAGGUUCAACCUUCCUAUGUCGCAACAUCAGGUUUCAGGCCUCGGAGAGGUCGCCCAAAGCCUGGAACAUUUCGAGUUUCGGUUUGCCGAGAAUGAGCGGCUCGAUUUUAAACCUGACAACGAUGAGGCAGUGAGCUUAUUUACUUAUCUUUCCGCAUCCAUGGGCGCACAAAACGUCCCGAAAUUGGUGUUGAAACUUCGUUCCAACAACCCGAGCUCAAACCAAGUCACAGUUGGGCCUCUGCUCGUCUCUAAAACUUGGCAAAGACUCGAGUUUAUCCACCUCGAGAGGAUUUCCAUGCACCUCCACGAAUUGGAAAAGCUUGUCGGUCUGCUUCAGAUGGGAACAAAGAUAGGACUUCGCUACACCUAUUUAGCCAGCGGCACUUGGGCUGAAGCACUCGACCGUCUCCGCACCAAGGCUGGCCUCUGCUCUAUGUUGCGAGGCGCCAGUGGAGCGGAGUGUGAAGAGAUGACGGACGAAGAAUGUUGUGAUAUCUUUGGGGAUGUCUACGAGGAUUGGCGGUGUGUGGAUGCGGAAAAGAGCAAGGUCGAGCAGUACAUCACGCGCGUUGAGGGCGUCAAGAAUCCCCUGCGCCGGGAUGUCGAAGCGACUGAGGCAACGGCAGAGCCUUGA